GGAAGUUGUGGGGAGAUAGCAGAGGGAGCCAAGGUCCUCCUGGGUGACCCCGGGAGAGCUCAGCACACCACGAAGGCCAAGCCGGAGGAGGGCCGCCCCGCCUUGAUGGCUGCUGGGGGCGGCAGUGGCAGCAUGUGGACCAACGGUGGGGCCCCGGGCACCUGUGCCCCUUGUGCCCUCAGUUACGCACUCCCAACCAUCUCUUCCAACAAACUGCCGGACCUGCGUUUCCUCGGCCGGGGAGCCUAUGGCACUGUGUCCUCAGCCCGCCAUGCAGACUGGCGGGUGCCGGUGGCUGUCAAGGGCCUUCAGGGAUCACUCCUGGAAAGCGAGAAAGCCAAUCUCUUAAAGGAAGCUGAAAUUUUACACCAGGCAAGGUUCAGUUACAUUCUACCAAUUUUGGGAAUUUGCAAUGAACCCGAAUUUCUGGGCAUCAUCACGGAAUACAUGCCAAAUGGGUCACUGAACCAACUUUUGCAUGGGAAAAAUGUGUAUCCUGACAUUGCUUGGUCACUAAGGUUUCGCAUACUUUAUGAAAUUGCCUUGGGAGUGAAUUACCUUCACAAUAUGACACCUCCACUUUUGCACCAUGAUUUGAAGACCCAAAAUAUUUUACUUGACAGUGACUAUCAUGUUAAGAUUGCGGAUUUUGGUUUGUCGAAAUGGCGCAUGGUCUCCAUGUCAUUGUCACGAAGUGAGAAGUCAAUGCCUGAGGGAGGGACUAUCGUCUACAUGCCACCUGAAGAUUAUGAUGGCAGACAAAAAACACGUGCCAGUGUAAAACAUGAUAUAUACAGUUAUGCCAUUAUCAUGUGGGAAGUGAUGUCAAGAAAACAGCCAUUUGAAGAUGUUAUAAACCCCUUGCAGAUUAUGUAUAGUGUGUCACAAGGAAGGCGUCCAGACACUAGUGAAGAGUAUCUGCCAUUUGACAUUCCUCAUCGAGGGCUGAUGUUGUCGUUAAUCGAAUCUGGCUGGGCACAAAAUCCAGAUGAAAGGCCUUCUUUUUCAAAAUGCUUAAUAGAGCUUGAACCUGUCGUGAGAACCUUUGAUGAGAUACCUACGCUUCAAGCUGUGAUACAGUUAAAGAAAGCCAAAUCUGAAUACGAAUGGCGGUGCCUUCACUUCCCGAGCAGCACAUCUAACAAUCAAUCGGUAUCUCUAAAUAUACCAUUGGAUUCUAGUCUACAAGAGGAAGCCUGUGACUUGAGAUCCCAGAGCAACAGAUUUCAUCAACCAAGUGUUCUCUCGGAUACAUCCAAACAGUGCAAUGUCCUCUCAGAUGGCAGUAACGAUGCUUCAGGCGAACCACACACGCUUCUGAGCCUCUUCCCACUGUGCCAGAACGCUCCUCCCAACAUAUCCUUACAGAGCUCUUCUUCUUCCAAUACAAGCAGCUCAGAUUCAUCCAAUUCCAUGCCACACCUGCAGCAGUCACAAGGAAACAAUUCAGAUUUCACACUAAGGAUGGUGCAAAUGAAGGACUUUGCCAUCGCUCACCAGUGGAUCCAAAAUAAACGGGAGGAAAUAGUCAACCAGAUGACUGAAGCGUGCCUCAACCAGUCUUUGGAUGCCCUCCUUGCAAGGGAUUUAAUCAUGAGAGAAGAUUACGAACUUAUCAGCACCAAGCCUACAAGGACCUCAAAAGUCAGACAGCUGCUUGAUACUACUGACAGCCAAGGAGAAGAGGUUGCCAGAAUCAUAGUGCAGAAACUGAAAGACAAUAGACAGCUGGGACUCCAACCUUAUCCAAAUAUACCUGCCUCGUAUAGGCCUACAUCUUUGAAUUGAUAAUACUUGCAUUUUUUCCCCUUAAAAGUGGGGUUCCUGAUUCUGAAAUAUCACUAUGUUACUGCUGCAGCAUUCUCGACUAAAGUGUUCAGGGGAAAUGGGGCCUGGUAAGUGAAAGUAUUAUUUGACUUUGUAAUUAUUUUUUAAACACACACACACAUAAACAUUUUUCGGCCACACACUUGAAGUUUCAUUACCUUAUGCAGAUGUAUUUUGUUAAUAUUGUGAAUUCAGGAAAAAUACAAAACUUAAUGGAAACUCUGCAUAGCUUUACUGUGAUUGUGCACAUUUUCUCAACAGUUAAAAUUAUCUUUUAGAAGAACAACGGUAUUGGUUUAGUGCCAUUCCUGAAACAGUUAGUCAGUGGUGUCUCUAGGGUUGUGUCACCCAGUGAAAUAACUCAUGGUGUCAACCCCAUGGGCUUCCUCCGUACCAGACUAUAUCACAGUAUUGUAGCUAAAACGUCACCCAGUGGAAUCCACACUAUUUGCACAGUGACACCACUUCAUUUUCUAUUUUGGGCAACUUCCAGAAUCCCCUAGCGAACUUGGCUCCUGUGGGAUUCUGGGGACUCUGGUUCCAACAUGUAUUCCAACCUCUGGUUUCAUAUAUUGGUGGGAUUUUUAAUAAACAGCAUUUUCUGCCAUGGGGGAACACUGCCUAUCAGUUCUAGCAGAGCUUUGUGUUACAAAUUAACACUAUGUAGCAAAAUUUGAAAAAAAUUCUGUUCCUGGUAUGAAAGUGUUAUUUCCUGUUUAAUUAUGUGGUAUUUAUUUUGAAAGUUGUUGUUAUACUCCAGAACCUUCGUUUUUGCAGCUGCCACAAACUAUGUUGAAUUGGUGGAUACUCCAUGAUAUAUGCAUUGAAAAACUACAGCAGAAAAUGCUGCAGGCAUUUCUUCCAUGUUUUUAUGAUAGAACCAAUUAGGAAAUGACAUUUAUAAUCCAGGAACAAAAACUGUGUUUCACAGUGUGUUUGGGUUUGAUAUACUGUCAGCACUCCAUAGCCAUGGAUUCUGUAUCCACAGAUUCAGCUAAACAUAGUUUGAAAAUAUUCUCCCCCCUCCCCCUCAUUCCCAAACCUUGAUUUUUCCAUUUUAUAUUAGGGACACACCAUUUGGCUCCACUGUUGUUUAUAAUGGGACUUGAGUGUCCAGGGAUUUUGUACCUACAUUGGAGGAGGUGGGGAGCUGGUACCAAUCCCCAGCAUAUACCAAGAAACCACUUUAUAGUGGAGAGGACUGACCAGAUCUAAUAAACUCACAUUUUAGAAUACAUCUUAUAAUGAUUUCUAGCUGGAAAGUAGAGUAGAAGAUCAGAAAAGGUGGGCAAAGUGUGUUUCUAAGAGCUCUGCCUGUCAUUAAUAAACUCCAUGGUUUUAAAACCACUACUAAUUUUACUUUUUACAAAACAAGAAAAGGUUUGAAAUUGUGCAAGUUGCUUGCAUUUCUUUCUAGGGGGAAACCACAGUGCUGAUCUUUCGAAAAAGGACAGUCAGACAAGCUAUGAUUCAGUAACUUCUUUAACAUAGUUGCUCAAAGAAAAGGGUGUACUGUUACAUUCAAGCUUGAGUGCAAAUCCUAAAUCGGAGGGCGGGGAGAGGAUUCAAAUUAGCAGGUGAGCAUUUCAAAGUCAAAAAUGCUAAGAGAAAUCAAAAUGGAAAUCUGUUGAUGUAUAAAUAUUAAUUCCAUAAAUAAAUUUUGGCAUCACAUGAAAAUAUUAAUAGAGCAGGGUUGCCUUGCAUUCCUUUGCAGUAUUGUGUUUAUCAUCAAAAGAAGAAAAAGUCAUGUCACAAAGAGGACAGAAGGAGAAGUCUGAAUUCUCUAUCUGUCCAUUACUCAAGCAACACACUCCUCUGUGUGGAAAGACAAAAACCUGACUACACAUUUGCAAUGUGUAGAAAUAAUGCAGGACUUAAUUUCUGGAUAACAGGAGAGACUACCGGGGUAAUUCAUUUUCUGAAUAAUGACUUUAGAGAGCCACUAAGCAUCAGAGUAAAUAAUACUGGAAUAAAUUGACAAAACAGUCUCAUGUGCAAUAAAGAAAGUGCCUAUGUUUCUGUGAAGGAUAGAUAGCUCUUAGUCAACCUGAUCAAGUCUUAUCAGUGGAGCAGAGGAAAAGAGAUCUACAUGAUUUAUUAUGCUUUUUAUGACCUACAGUAAACUGCUUUAUCACUAAACAAAUCAAAAUCAUUAGCUGACUUAGAGACAAAGUAGAGACAAUGUGGUUUUUCAUGACCUCCUAGAACCUGAAAUGUCUCAUAUAGAAAAUCUUCUGGAGCAGAAAAGUCAAUAUCAACUGAUCUGAACCGAGUUAAGCCAAUUAUGGCUGCCUUCUUUCACCUAAUGAGGACUGAACAGUGGUGCUUGCAUGUCAGGAAGACUUGUUUGUUUUGUUUGUGUGUUUUGCUUUAAUUUUGUUGAGCAAACCUAAUUGUAUCAAUGGAUUCUUGGAACUGUUGGCACACAGCAUGGAUUGUACACACAAAAUACACUGUUGUUAAGAUGUGGGAUUACCAAUUGUAUUGCUUGUGAAUCUACUAUCAGCAGUUUCUGGGACUCUACUCAAAAUUUAUUCAUUCAGAAAGAACAACAUCACCACACAGAAUCCUUUCUGAAUUCGGAGGAAACUCCUGUUGUUGUUGUUGUUGUUGUUGUUGUUGUUGUUGUUGUUGUUGUUAUUGCUCCCAGAAUUUGUCAGAUCACACAUUCAGUGGCCAAAUCAGUUGAGAAAAUGGGAGCUGUAAUCCCUAAAGGGAACUUCAAAGUGCUGAAGAUAACUGUCAACUGAAAUAGAAUGAUUAGGUUGGAAGAGAUCACAAGGACCACCCAAUCUGCCAUGCAGAAACUCACAAUCUAAACACUGAAGACAGAUGGCCAUCCAAUCUGCUUAAAAACCUCAAGAAAAGGAGGGUCCCCCACACUCUGAGGCAGUGUAUUCCCCUUACCAUUAGGAAGUUCCUAAUUUUUUAAUGUUGAAUCUCUUCUCCAGCAAUUUGACUAACCAGGAAACAUGUAGAAUGUGUAGAAAAAAAGAUUUUUAUAUGUAUUUUGUGUUUGUGUUUAUAUGUAUAUAGGCUGAUAUACUGUUGGUUAACUCAAUGAGAAUAAAUCCAUUCAUUCAA